AUGCAACAGGCCUUACUUGCAGCAGGCAAAUCCUCAUGUGGUAUGUCUAAUCGUCAACAUGAACAUUGGGUCUCUUCACAGUCUCUGGAACUUAUAGAUGCUCGUCGGCAUAUUACGACUGGAAGCGAACACAAUGAAACUCGCAAAGAGCUCCGGGCAAAACUCUGUGCUAGCCUGAAGAAAGGCCGCGAAUCCUGGUGGUCUCGUCGUGCAACAGAGAUGGAAAUGGCCGCUGCCCUUGGUAAUCAUCGUGAGUUAUUCCGUCUUAUACGGGAAACGGGCAGCAGGAGACCUGGUGUUAGUGAAACUAUACGUGACGAGAGUGGACAGCCUAUCCACAACUUAUCAAAACGCCUGGAACGUUGGGCUGAGCACUUUGAAAGGCAAUUUAAUCGGUCGGAAUUGUUAGAUUUCUCGCCGACCAGUGAUCGUCCUGCUCCGUGGGUUGUUCAUUUGGAUCCACCCUCUCGCUCAGAAGUCGAACAUGAGAUCAAACUGUUGAAGUUAAAUAAAGCCGCGGGACCUGAUGACCUUCCUCCAGCCCUCUUCAAAUUCGGCAAACCUGCUCUUGUAGAUGAUUUACACGAGUUACUAGUGAAACUAUGGGAGCAGGAAACUGUCCCAACCGAUUGGAGCCGCUCCGUCAUAGUCCCAAUUUUCAAGGAAGGCUCACGAUCGGAAUGCGGCAGCCAUAGAGGAAUCAGUCUGAUCUCCAUCACCUCCAAAUUGCUUGCCUCUAUCAUCCUUCACAGACUGACUGGCACUCGUGAAAGCCAGAUUCGUGAAGAGCAAGCUGGAUUUCGUCGGGGUAGUGGCUGCAUUGACCACAUCUUCACCUUGCGUUAG